UUUAUACGAUAGAUACUGUUUGAAUUCAAUAUAAAGUUCAAAUCUUACUAUCUGUGAUCAAAUCUAACUGCGUGUUACAAUUUAAACUGUAUUAGCUUUGUUUUUUGGAUUGGAUAAAAGUCACCCUUUAUUAAGGGCUGCAACUUGUGCCUUAAUUAAUGGUUAAUAAAACAUUUUUUAAUACUUUAUUUAUUAGUUACUCAUUAAUAAUAGCAACUUUUGGGUUAACAAGUGAGUGUCAUCCUCAUACACAAAGGCUAAGGAUCUAACGUCCUAAUAAAUAAUCAACUCUGCAGUUAAAAAUGCCUUUAAAAGGGGUCAUUGUGAGUUUUCCACUGUAAUAAACCAUCAAUUGCAGUUGCAAAUUCAAAAUAAUUCACUAAGUAUUUUUUACAACAAUCCACGAACUCUGCAGUUGUAAAGACAAUUUAAAGGUCUUAUUAAUGGCUUAGAUCUUAUCGAAAAAGCAGUGUAACAAUGAUUUAUUAACCAUUAUUAAAGCCAUUACAAUUCAUAAACCCUUUAUAAAGGGUGCCUUAAAAGUGGUACCAAAAUAUGAAGAGGCAGCAGCUUUGCAGUUUACGUACCUUUUGCAAAGGAAUGUUUUGUACACAUGAUAUAACAAUUAAACAGUUUCGCAGUAUUCAUAUGUUUAUUUAUUUAGAUGUUUAUUUGUUCGUUUCUCAUAAACAUUGUUUAAUAUUUGCAUAUCCAGAAUGUGACUGUCAGCCUCCUCUGCAGGGCACCGCCUACCUAACAUCUGAUUGGCCAGUUUGCCGGUCACCUGGCUGCUCAUAGGCUCAAACCGCUGUCACUCAACAUCUCACCACUGUUUGGGUGAAAAAGAAAUCAUAUUUUUUUGUUGAGCGGCUCAGCGGGGAUCAGCAGCCUGUCACUGCCCGGUGGAGCGCCGUGCUAGCGGGGGUCUUUUCGGUUUGUCCCGGCUGCCGCUGGUGCUUAUGGAUAUUUCUGUCUUAAAGAAGAGGCAGUGAGCCAGCAUUUGUUACAGGAUGGUUUUAAGAAAAAGACUAAAACGGUGCCUGUAUAGUAGGAGUAUUAAUGCUACCGGUGCCUUGCAUCUGUAGUGGAAGUUAGCUUAUGAGUAGCAUCACGCUAGCUGACUAGCUAAUGCUAGGCCUUCCGUUUUCUUUGGUUUGUCAGGGCAGUUUAAUGUUUUAUGCUUCCCUUUUGUGGCUCCUCUGUUUGCUGGCGUUUGCUGAUCUUUUUCUUUGCUCCCUGUGGUGAAUAUAAGGCACUGAAAUGAAGAGAGUAAACAUCUUUCCCAGAUUCAUGAACAGACGGGCUUCUACUAACUGCCGCUACCAGCCCACCUGCUAUGAGCAUGCUGCCAACUGCUACACUCAUGCACUCCUCAUUGUGCCGGCCUUCGUGGGCAUGGCGUUGCUGCACCGUCUGUCGGACAACGGCUGGGAGAAGAUCACUGCCUGGGUGUACGGCAUGGGCCUGUGUGCCCUCUUCCUCGUCUCCACUGUGUUUCAUAUCAUCACCUGGAAGAAGAGCCACAUGAGGUCUGUGGAACAUUGUUUCCACAUGUGUGACAGAGUAGUCAUCUAUUUCUUCAUCGCUGCCUCUUACACACCUUGGUUGAACCUGCGUGAAUUGGGCCCUCUAGCAGCACACAUGCGCUGGUUCGUGUGGCUCAUGGCGGCUGCUGGAACCAUAUAUGUCUUCAACUAUCAUGAAAAGUAUAAAGUUGUUGAGCUGGCCUUCUACUUGACAAUGGGUUUUUUCCCUGCAUUAGUCAUGACGUCAAUGAGCAACACUGAGGGGCUUCAGGAGCUGGCCUGCGGUGGACUCAUCUACUGCCUCGGUGUGUUCUUCUUCAAGAGCGACGGCGUCAUCCCCUUCGCCCACGCCAUCUGGCACGUCUUUGUGGCGCUGGCUGCGGCUGUGCACUACUACGCCAUCUGGAAAUACCUCUACAAGGCCCCCAGCGCCGACGCCCUCCUCGAGUCGUGACCACAGCCGGGGCAGGACGCCGGUUCUCCCCCCCUGUGCUCCUGAGCAGAGCCGCCUGCACAACGACUCUCAACUGCCCACCGAAGCUGCGACCACAGCGGCAAAGUUUACGAAAAUAAUGACCAUGAAUUGUUUACUGUUUUCUACCGUGGAGGAGAACAGAUUUUUCAGCGUCUCCCUGACGAACAAAAGCUACUUUCAAAGCUGUUUUGUACAACUUCAGUGAGGGAGGGAAUUUUGACUUUUUACAAUUAACCCUGGCACAUUCACGAGUGUUUGAGAAAUGUGACAGCAGUCUUUUGUAUCGCUUGAAGAGAGUCACAUUCCACAUUGAGGUCAUUUGUGUGUCAAAACCUGGAGAUUCAUCCAUUUCAGCUGGUGCUUUGAACACUUGGGAUCGAAUGAGGUGCUAAAAAUUCAGUAUCAUCUGAAAUGAGUUUCCAAAAUUAUACUUACUUACUUUAAAAAAACAACAAAAAAAAACUUUUUUUGAAAAUUAUAAACAUGUUUCUCUACACAAGUACUUUUUUCAUUUAAAAAAACCCCAAAGAUCUCACAAGCGGCUGUGCAAGAAGUUUUCCUGAGUAAAAUAGUUUAAAAUUGGCAAAAUAAGAUUUAACUCAGGAAUCUGAUCAGAGAAUAAGCACAGUAGCGAAUGAAUCUGACCAGAUAUUUGAUGUCAACUUUUGAUACUCUGUACCAAAAAGUACUGAUUCGAUGCCCAGCCUUUGUGAGUAGUUAAUAGAGAUUUGAAGUGUUUCAAGUCAGUCAGUGGUCCGUUGUGUUCUGCUGGUGCACUUUGAAGUCUGUCAGGAAGGAUGGAAAUGACAAGAAGAAGCUCUUGAUGGAGGUUUGGUCAUUUGUUUUCCCAUUUUCAUUCCUCUAUUUUUACGAUUACAUUCUCAACCCAUCUGAUCCAGAUUCACAAUCAUUUUUUUCCAACGCAUGCUUCGUUUCUGACCAGUCUCCAGCUGCAGUCGGCAGUUUAUUCUGUAAGUAUUUAGUUCCCCCUGCUGGUGGGCUGGUGUAAGAAGGUGACUGGUGAAGGUGUCAUGGAUGAGGUGGGAUUUUGUUAAUGAGCCAAAUAAUGAGAGAAAAUCAGUUCAGGCAGUAUGGUGAGACAGAAUUUUUCCACUUUAUUAUUAAUGUGAACAGUGUGCAGUAGAGUGUGUGUAUGCACGACCUUUGUACUGUAGUCCAGUAUUACAUUUCCACUGAUUCUCUGUUUUUGAUUUGCACCUCUAGGACGAACAGUGUUUCCUGUCUGUCUUCUGCAGCGGGUUUGAUCAGUGGAGAAACCUCAUGUUCGUGUUUUUGUCUCAUGUUGUUGGUUUUGUAAAUUUGCUCAAUGGCUCAUAAAAUGACCUUUCUGUUGCUUUCCUCUUAGUGAUGUAUGGAGCUGAAUGAUAUGAAUGCAUAUUUCUUAAUUUUGGCUCUGUUUUGUAAUGUUUGUUUGUUCUGUGAUCCUGGCCUUUGCAGGGAUAAAAACUGCUUCCUGUCUGUUCCAUUGGCUGUUAACGGUGCUGCAUAUACAUGGAUGCUCCUCCACUUUACUGAAUAUCACCUUUCUAAUGUGACAAUAAAAAUGAUAAUGCCCCACA